AUGCAUUCAGUACUCAUACAAGAGCCUGGAAUGGAGGACGAUAUCAGCGACGAUGGUAAUCCGCCACCAUCGCUGCCGCCACCGGCUUUAAAUGUCGGCACCAGCAAGGAAGGUAAUUCACUAAAUUUAGGUAUGGCACAAAUAAUUGUUACUGCCGCAACCCCAAUGGUUGAAGACGGCACAGAUAAAUCUUUCCCUCCGGUAGGAGAGAGUGAUGGCGGCAGUGCAGCUGAAGCUGCAGCAACAGCGAAAACUGCCAGCGGCGGCAAUGACAAGGCUGUAAAGCAGAAAAAAGUGGAACCCAAACCAGUGGCACCAGCAGCAGCGGCCGAUGAAAAUGAGAAUCAUGAAGACGACACGCACUCAUCCGAUCAGGAUCCCGACUCCGAGGUAAAAACUCUGCAGGAAGCCGAAGAUCCAUUCAAUGAAAAGGGCAGCGGUGAUGCUGGCGACGGAUUCGAGGCGAAUUUCGAAGCACAUUUCGAUGCCAACUUCGAUGAUGCUUUCUCCGGCGGUGCACAAUCAGCAGAUAUCAAUGCCGAGCUGAGCGCUGAUGAUGUACAAACACCCAAGCAGGUGGUGGGCGGACGUGCAAGCAUACCUGAGGAAUUGGACUCAAAUCAAUUGGCACGAUUGCAGAAUCUAAAAGAGUCAAAUGCUUAAACGCAGCAAAUGAAUAAAAGUGAAAAGCGUGAAUGAGCAGUUGCAUUUAAAUACAAACAUAGUACUCAUAAAUUACAGCAAUGAAAAUGCACAGUGGGAAAAAAAUAUUAAAAGCGGAUAUGCAAUGCAAAAAGUUCAGCUGCAACUGAAAAGAAAGUUGCGAAACGAGUAAAAAAAAAAGAAUAAAAAAAGUACUUGUUGUACAUACAUACCUACCUACAUAAAUAUAUACAGUAUGUAACAAAAUUGAGCGUAAAGAAGUUUGUGAAGGCAUAUUGGUGGUGAAUUUUGCAUUUGUAAAUGAAAAACUUGCCAACUAAGCGUCUUGAACGAAAUUUUGUCUCCCCCCAAAAUUAGCAUGUAUGUUGGCAACUCUACCAACCAGAGGCUUCUACUUAGUAACUAAAAUGCUUCACAGCACAUACAUAAAAUAGAUAUUAAUAUUAAGAAAUCUCACAGAAGUACUUAAAAAUGGAAUGGCAU